CAUCUCAGCACUAGAGACAGGCUGCUGUCACCAGGAGAGGGCCCUAUGGUGGAGAUCUUCUGGCCCUGUCUAUUGGAAGAUUGCUAGAUCUCUAACAAUACCAUACUGCUAGCUUAUAUUCCAUCUCUGGAGAGCUGCUAUCCUAUUUUUCCUAUGAGGAAUCUGCGGAAACCAUAUGUUGAACAACUUGUCCAAGGUCACACAGUUGGUGUCAUCCUCCAGUACAGCAAGGUCAUCAUAGUAUAUGAAGAAAAUAUCUUGACUACCUUGACACCCAGGAGUUUCCUCAUUGGCCACACUUUCAAACUCUACUUUGAUAUCAGUAGAGUAAUCCUUCCUAGAUUAAUCCUGGUAUCAGAGGCUAUCAGGUUUUCCAAGUUCAGCACUAGACAGAUUAACAUGGCCCAGUUUCACAUUUGAAUACUCCUAACUGGUCACUGAACUCAUAAUUACAUGUAGGAUUUACCCUAAGGUCCUUCAUAGGUUGGUACUAAGUAGACACCCCCUUCUACACACACACACACACACACACACACACACACACACACACACACCUACCACAUACACACAGUUGGGUUAAACCUUUGGACCUCCCUUACCUACCCUGCAUGGAGUACCAUCACCCUCAGCCACUAGGUCAUGUCAUCCAACCACACAAUGUCCCAAUUGCCAGCCUUUCUCCUGCUUGGGAUACCCUGGAGAGAAGAUAUCCACAAGUGGCUCUCUAUUCCCUUCUUCUUUCUUUACCUGGCAGCUGCUCUAGGCAAUGGUGCCAUCCUGGUCGCAGUAGCCCGGAAUCCAUCACUCCGGGAACCCAUGCAUUGUUUCCUCUCCAUGCUUGCUGUUACUGACCUGGCAUUAUCAGGCACCACACUACCUACCACAUUAGGAUUGCUGUGGUUUGGUAUCAGUCAGGUGGCCUUUGAUGUCUGCUUGACCCAAAUGUUUUUCAUUCAUGUUGCCUCAGUGGCAGAGUCAUCAGUGCUGCUAGCCAUGGCAGUAGACCGAUGGGCUGCCAUUGCCUGUCCACUGCGGUAUUCUUCUCUCUUAACUCACCGAGUGGUUGCAAGGGUAGGAGUAGCUGUGCUGAUCCGCUCAGCGCUCACAUUGCUACCACUGCCAUUCUUGUUGCUCAGGCUGACUUAUAAUGAUCAACGGAGUCUCACCCACUCUUUUUGCUUCCACCCAGAUAUCAUGAAGCUGGCACGUAAUGAAACUGAGGUCAAUGUUCACUAUGGUCUUUUUGUAAUCUUGUCUACAGCUGGUAUUGACUCAGUCCUCAUCAUUCUCUCCUAUAUUCCUAUAGCAAGGGUGAUUCUGGGCCUUGGGUCAUGGGGAGAGAGAAUACGGGCAGCAGGGACCUGUGUGAGCCAUGUGGCUGCUGUCCUAGUGUUUUUUGUGCCCAUGAUUGGACUUUCAGUCAUGCACCGUUUUGGGAGUUAUGGUCCAUUGCCUCUGGCCUUGGUGGGUUACACCUACCUCCUGGUACCACCUGCUCUCAACCCUGUCAUCUAUAGUAUCAAGUGUCAGUGCAUCUGGAAGACUCUGCUAAGGCUCUGCUUCUACCAACCUGGAGUCCCCAGGUGGGCAUCAUCUCCUCAUCCUACCCACACUGGACAUAAAUCUCCCCCAAUUACCUGCUCCCAGAGAUACUCUGUUCAGAUAGUGCAAAUAGAAUCCCCGCCCAUGGGGAGUUCCCAGUCUGAAGAAACAGGCAUUGGUCUAGUCUUUGGGGAUGCUCCAGUGUGAUGGGGGAUAUGUGAGAGUGUCAGCAAAUAAGAAAAAAAUUCAAUCAAUUCAAAUACUAAAGAAAGUGGUCCAAAGCUGUCAAACCAAAUUCUGAGGAGUUGGUAGGUGAUAAUGAAAGAUGGAAUGAGUGGAGUAGCUAGAGUUAGGUGUACUCAAUCAGGCUGGAAAAGUUUUCUGUAGUAGUUGAGUUUUAAAAAAUGACUGAGGUAUAGUAUCAGAAGUACUGGCUUAUGCCAUUUAUAAGAUUAUAUAUAAUCAC